AUGGUUAGAAAUUACGUAAAGAAAACCGACAGAGCAAACAUAUCAGAAGACAGUAUUGCUAGAGCCAUUAAUGAUGUAAUUAACAAAAAUGGUUCUAUCAGAGAAAUAGCUCAGAGAUAUAGGUUAAAAAAAUCUAUGUUACAUAAGCGUUUGCAAAAAAUCAAGAAUCAAGAUGAAAGCGGUAUAAAUACCGUUUUACAAAUGCCAAAGGGCUGCAAACUAGUUGGACAAUUUGUGAGUCCAGAGAGAGGGGAGCAAGUGACCUUUUGUGGCACAAUAAUUGCUAAUGGCAAUGUUGUUCCUCCUGCUUAUGUGUUUCCGCGUGUCCGCUUUAAAGAAUCCUUCUUGACUGGAGCACCAGAGGGAAGCAUUGGAAUUGCUUCGCCGAGUGGAUGGAUGACGACUGAUGGUUUUAAAGAGAUUAUUAAGCACAUAAAAAACCACAUGCAUGCUUCCAAGGAGAAUCCAGUUUUAGUCCUAUUAGACAACCAUGAUACACAUGCAUCAUUAGAUCUUAUAUUGUAUUGCAGAGAGAACGGAUUAAUUCUCCUUACGUUUCCUCCCCAUACAACACAUCGUCUGCAACCUCUCGAUGUAAGCGUUUUUGGGCCUUUUAAGUCUCGAUUGAGGGCUGCCUUCAACACGUGGAUAUCUAAGCAUCCAGGAAAACAUUUAAUCGUCAAAAUAUUUUUUUCCGGAUUUUUGAAAACAGGUUGCUUCCCACUAAAUAAAAAUGCUUUCUCUGAUGAUGACUUCGUUGCCUCAGAAGUUACCGAAAUUGUGACCACGGAACCUGCAGAAAGUACAUCCUGUCAUCCCGUCGAGGAUAAUCAGUUCAAUGAAGGGCAACCAUCCACUAGUGGAGAAAAUUCCUCAAAUUUGAAUCAGCCUAAAAUCAAAAUAUUAUCAGAUGUAAAAUUGACUCCCGAGCAUGUGAGACCAUAUCCUAAAGCUAUAAGAAAAAUUACGACAAAGGGAAGAAAGAAAAAAUACAGUGCCAUACUAACCGCUACACCAGAAAAAACAAAAAUAGAACAGGGACUACAAGAAAGAGAAAAUAAAAAACGUUUGAAAGAAGAACGAAAAUUAAAAACUCAAGAAAGAAGAGAGAAAAAAAUGAAACAUGUAAGAAAGGUUUUUGAGGAAGAAACAUCUGAGAGUGAUACAGAAAAUGUCAGCUUCCAAGAAUCUGAUGACAGUCGUAUAGAAUGUGAAGAGGAAACGAUGCAAAUAGCAAAAUUUUAG